AUGCGAAUCCCACCCCUCCCUCAAACUCCGACAGGCCCGACGCACACCCUUCCACACUCCACCCCACAGCGUCGGUGCGUCAUCGGAGAAUUAUCCCACGCCCAGCUCCAAUACCUCGAAGCUCUGGAACCAAUAACCCCGCGCCCUCUGGCGCCGCCGCGCCGCGAGCGGCGAGAACACGACCCCACCCACACCACACGCCUGGGCAUUGGUGGCACACAGACACUAUUAUUGCACGUGGACAGGGCAAUCAUUGCGCUUGCGCCCACGCUCGCCUCAUCACAUCUGCUUUUGCUUUUGCUUUUCUAA